CCUCGGACAUGAUCUUCAGUCCGGCCUCGGGGGCCCUUAACAUGAUCUUUGAUAUAUGAUACCUUCGAAAUUAAGUUUUGGGCACUUCCUAAGGGAAGAAUCCCUAGGUGACUCCGGCCGAUGCGCUUUCAGAAUAUCAUGUCCCUAUCACAGUUAUCUGUCCAUGUUCACUUUGCUUUUACGACCAUUUCGUGCGGGAACACUCUCCUGCUACGGAGCUCCACCGGCGAGUUAUCAGAUCUUGCUCUCCUUGCUCGUCCCAUCAACAGUGGGCGUUCCUCAGCUGCGCAACACGAGAAGAGUGGAAACGUGGAAGUUUGUCGCCCAGUCGUUCGCAUGGAAGGCACGGAUCUUGGUGGAGUUUUUGGCGGCUCGGAUCGUGGAGAUGCGAUGAACGUUCUCAGUGUCUUUGUGAUGAUUUGCGAGCCUUCUCGUAUCCCUCAAGGUCGGACGUCUAGAGUAUCAUCUGCUCUCGAAACUGCAAACGGAAAAUAUGACUGCGCCCUUUCCAAUCUCGCCUCGUUACCUGUCAUCGCGGGUUGUCACCCAGGCCCGAUUUCGAGCUUUGCUUUAAGUUGUAUGAUCAGCUCAUUCUCACCACCAGCCUUUGCUUUUCACAUAGCGUCCGUAUCCUUCUUAUCCUCGUUGCCUAAAGCUACCAACCUCAUGUUGGAUACUGCUCCCCCCAUCAUCAUCCUCACACUCAGCAUCGCACGGGAAAAUGUCACUCACAAGUUCUCACACGCUCGGAACUUUGCAAGUCGGGAAUGUCGCCGGUUCUCGGCCGAUUCAUAUGUCCUCUUCCAUUCCUUCCACUGCAGUGCGACAGAAACGUGGCCCCGGCGGAGAAUCAGAAAAGAAAAUCUCUCAACUGUUGCUCCCACUCCGACUUGGCUGCGCCGCUCGGCGUGCAAGUUGUUUAGCUAUGGUGAGACCGCGUUACAUACCUACACUACAUACAUAGCCACAUGGGUUGAGGGACCGGGACGCACAGCACACUCUAUGUACACUAGUAUCAUCGUGAACGAAGAUGGGUCCCCUUUCGAGAAAGACGAUGAUGCUGAACAGAUGAAGGAGUAUGUCGCACACGAAGAGACGUGCCUAUGGUGA